AAUGAACUGUCCCAACUUUAAACUAGAACUAUGUGGGAUUACACGUUUUAAACACAUGUUACUAAUAGUCAAUAUAUAAACAAUACAAACCGGAUAAUUUCACUUAUUUGUGAUUAUUUUGGUGAUAAUGGUUAAAAUAUUUCACUGUAAAAAAAACAAAAAUGUUCUGCUUUUAAAACAACAGUGUAAUACGAAGUGAAAAAAAAGAGAAACAGAAACAAGUAUUAUUUACAAACUGAUGAUGAAAACAAAUAAAACGCUCAAUGAUUUAAUAUACAAAUUCGGAAAAGGAGUACAAACUUCUCCAUAAACCAUUAAUUACUAAUUAUAUUAUACUGAAUCCAGCUUCCUAUGUAUCUUUAAAUAUGUUUUUUUGAACCUGUGCUCUAUAUUGUAUAUAAUUCACAAAACAUAUAUGUCAUAAUAAAGACAAUAUAAAUAAUAAAGAAAUCGGGCUAUAAAUAUAUUUUAUUUUGAAAAAGCAAACACCGGACGUUUUAUUUUGUUAAAAUGUCUAAACGAGUGUUUUUCAGCUCGUGCUCUCACCUGUGGAAACACAUGGUCUCACAUCAGGCACCUGGCAGGAGAAGAAGAAGACUCUCACUUCCAGAUCACGCUGAGAGACACACACACCAAACAACAUGGAGCAACUUGCUUUCAAGUACAUGGACAUGUGCAAAGUGGAGUCCAGCACUGACACCGACUCAGAAAUCAGUCCCAGAUGGUCCGACACCAGCACCAUGGGAUGUGUGAGCAGCGCCCCGGAGAGUGGGACACUGCGUCGGACACUGAGGCCACUGAAACCUGCUGCAAGACAUGGCUGCUCUUCUUUGUUUUUGGACCCGUACGACGGCAGCUCUGAGGAUUCUGAUGAGUCACACUUCGAUGUUAGUGUCUCCAGGCGAACACGGCAACAGGGAGGAGGAGGAGGGGGGCGUCGGUUCCUGGGCCGCAGCAGGAGAUUUAUCCUCCACCACCCUGCUUCUGUUGCCCUCAGAGACGUGAUGAAAGAUGGGACGAGAGAUCCUGCGACAGCGCAGCAGCUGCAGCAUCCCGUGGACGUCCAGAUGAAAUGUGGGAGUGACUCCGAGCUGUGGGUCUAUGAGCUCGACACUCUGCCCUCCCACAGCGACAGGGAAGUCUGUGGAGAUCUUGCAGCAAAAAAGACAAACGAUUCCCCAGCAUGCGCCCAAACCAUGGAUAUCGAGUUGCAACUUCAUGAUUCUGGCCUGCUCGCUUCGAGAUCCUCAACGCCCCACAUGCCAGGACCCCUCACCCCGGUGGGAAGGGGCUCGUCCUGGAUGCUGGACAGCUCCUCGGAGAGAUCUCCCAGCCCGUGUGACCUCAGAUCCCUUUACAAGAGAAAGCUCGGCCUCCCUGGAGCUGAAGUGGUGGAAGUGGGGCAAAGGAAGAGGCAGUGUGUCGUCAACAUGGGGGAGGAAGAGGCGGGGGACUCUGCAUCCGAACCAUGUUAGACCCAUCCGAUGAUGGACUGACAGAAUGAAGUUCUUCUGUGAUAUUAAAAGCUUUAAAAUGAGGUUUAAUGACAUACUGUAUAUAGUUAAUUUAAAAAGCAUUUGGAUUUAUUUUUCUACCUUGAGUAAUUUCACACACUCGCAGGUGAUAGGUCUGUUUGAACACGUUUUUGUUUGGAGGAAUUACCAUGGUGACCUGGUCCUAAUGACUGACCCGACAUCCAAGACACACUCCGUCAAUGAAGAAACAUUCAGUAUGAGCCCCUCCUGAUUAAAACAGCAACAGCUCUCCCUGAAAUUUAGUCAGAGAUGCUGCUUUAAAAUCCAGUGUUCUCAAAAUUAUAUGCUUUACUUUCUACAAUUUGACCCAAAUAUAGAAAAAAAAACUGAAUAUCGAAUUAUUCUCCAGCAUCUCCAUCUGGCUCAGUGGGUUUCUUCCGGGUGCCCUAGUUUUUCCUCCCACACUUCAAACACAAACAGGUCAGGAUAAUUGGUGUAUUUAUGUGAAUGAAAUGAAUAAGAGUGCAGCAGUAAGAAAACAAGGCUGUGUCAGAGUGAAAAGUAGUUUUGAAGAAGCGCUCAAGAACCUACAUUAGCCAGCCCCUUCUGACAAGUUCAUUCUGAGAGGGAAGCUGAACUAAAUGAGGACACACGUUCAUCAAUUUCAGACAUUGUUCUAACACCAUUUCUGUCAUUCUGGAUGCCUGUGUGUGGUUUCUUUCUGGAAAAUAAAUUGUUCAUGUCAGUUCUCUUGCA